GCCGCUCUGUCACUGCCAUGAUGGCGGCACUGCGUCGGCUCAUCUCAGCGGGACACAAAUGCAUCGCUUACACGAGCGGAGCAGGACUCCAUCCGAAAAGCACACGCUCGCUGAGACGAGCCGGAGCCGGACUGGGUCUCGGGCUCGGAGGAAUAGCGGUGUAUGAGCUCUGGUUGUCCCGGGACGAUGAGAAGCAGGGCUGCAGAAUAAGUCAACACUGUGGACUGGUGAGACUCCCAGGUGUGGCAGCGAAAGAGAAGACCAAGAUACGUGCUGAUGACGAGGACAUGGCAAUGUCAGCUCAUGAGCACAGAUUCCGGCUGUUCAGCUCAGUGGAGUACGAAGGACAGCUUUACAUGACGCCGCUGGACUUCAUCGAGUCAGUCACUAUGAGUGAACCAAAGAAAAAGAAGUUUUGGAGAUCAUUGACAAAAAAGGAUUUAGAUAAGAUCCUAUCAGACACUCCUCCUGUUUGGAAAGGAUCAUCUCGAUUUUUCAGAAACUUACAUGAGAAAGGCAUCAUCUCAUACACAGAGUAUCUCUUUCUUCUUUGCAUUUUGACAAAGCCUCAUGCAGGCUUCAGAAUAGCUUUCAACAUGUUUGAUGCAGAUGGCAAUGAAAUGGUGGAUAAAAGGGAGUUCAUGGUGCUGGAGGAAAUAUUUCGUAAGAAAAAUGACAAAAAAGAAAGGGGAGGAGAUUCUGACAGCUCAUCUCAACUGAGUGUGGAACUAUAUGGAUGUCAAGGUUCUGUCAGCAAUGCUGUCCUUAAAAAAGAACAGCCUCAGUUUGAACCCAGAAGCUUCUGGGAUGUGCUGAAGCAGGGUGCGAGAAUAGUUCUCUUUUCAGAUCUGGUGGAGCAAGUACAAGAGAAUAUCACAGACACAACUCUGUUGCUGCACUUCUUUGGAAAGAAAGGAAAAACUGAGCUCAAUUUUGAGGACUUUUACAGAUUCAUGGACAACCUGCAGACAGAACUGCUGGAGAUUGAGUUCCUGGCCUAUUCUAAGGGCAUGACCACUAUCAGCGAGGAGGACUUUGCUCGCAUCCUACUGCGCUAUACAACUGUAGACAACAUCAGCAGCUACUUGGAGAAUGUGCGUCAGAGCAUACCAGAUGAGAAGGGAAUCACUUUUGAGGAAUUCAGGUCCUUCUUUCAGUUCCUCAACAACUUGGAGGAUUUUGCCAUUGCCAUGCAAAUGUACAAUUUCGCAAGUCGAUCAAUUGGACAAGAUGAGUUUGCUCGUGCUGUUUACGUGGCCACGGGCCUAAAACUCUCUCGACACCUUGUUAACAUCGUCUUUAAGAUCUUUGAUGUGGACCAUGAUGACCAGCUUAGCUACAAGGAAUUCAUUGGCAUCAUGAAGGACCGCCUGCAUCGUGGCUCCUGGGGCUAUCGAGGUGAAGAGAGGUUCACCUCCUUUAAGGCCUGUAUGAAGAAAGAGCUGUCUGGAAAAUAGAUCAAUACUCUGGGACUUCGUAGGACUUCGUAAAGCUUAGCUCUCUACUAAAACUGUUACUAUCCUACUUACUAUUGUUUUCACUUCUUUAUAAAAUCACAAGGUGUGGUAGUAUGACUUGCUCUUGGGAAUUUUUUAAUCGAAGGAUUGUUAACCACAUAGUGCAACUCUGAUACAAUACGAUUUAACUAAAGGCUCAGUAUCAUACUGCUGUGUAAUAAUUAAUGCACUGAAUGAUCAACAGAUACUAAUUCCAUGUCAUGGACUGUUAAGCUUCAAGGAAGGAACUAGUUACUACCCUAACAUAAUCUAACUUCACUUAUAUGGGCCAUUCUGCAAUUGCGGCAGCAAAUGAAUUAAGAAUACUGAACAUAUCAAGUUUAAAACGUAGUCUGUUACAUUGAGUACACUUCUGACAUUAUUACUAAAAUCUGAGCUUUUCUAAAUACACUUCUACUUGUUUCUUGUUCACACUACAUGUAGAAAAUUACAAAUAAUACAUUAAUGUUAUUUUAAUUUUAAAAGAAUUUAAUAUUUAAGGAGUAACACCACUGACAUGAAGCUGUCAGGAUUUAAGUCAAAUUUAUCAAAGAUUUUACUAACAGUAGACUUCUCUGAGUUAGUCUUUUUUCCUUUGAGAUAUUCAUACAAGAAGUAAUUUAAAAGAAUUUCCUGUUCUUUAAGGUUACAAUUAAUGUUUUCAUAAAGAAAUCUUUAGAUUUAUUAUCAAAACAAACUUAUAGUUAGAUAUUUAUGUAGAAAAUAAUUUUGUGCUUUUUUGCUAUUUUAAACUGCUAAUGCGCAUAAAAAUAAUACUUCAACAUCUGGGAAAUCAGUGCUGUGACGAUGUGCUGUUUUUCAGGCCCAACAUAAGUAAAAUUCACUUAAAAAUGAUCAUAGAUAGAAUUAUCACAGUUUUGUUGGUUUUGUUUUAUUGGUUAAUUUAAGAAUAGAACAAAGAUCAUGCAGCCAUCUUCAUUUUCAUGUUGGGACACCAUUUAUCAUCACAACCGUAGAAAGACCCAUAUGUGGGAUCUGUAGUAUUUAGUAGCAUGGUGUCAUUCUGCUCUUUGCAAUUAGCAUUAGUUACUGAUUUCUAAGAUUUAUAUAAUAUUUAUAGUGAUAUUUCUAGAUUUAAAUGUAAUUUUUCCUCUUCUUUGUACAAUUUACUACAAUAUGUUACUCUUUCUUAUAUCUUUUUAUUAACUAAGAACCAUAGCCAUAACGCUGAAUACUGCACUGGACUGAAAUGAAUUUUCAGAGCACCCCAUGAGACGAAGUUACUGAUGUAUGUGUCAAAAUCUGUAAGCCAUUGAAUGAGAUUAACCUACUACCUCCUGGACUUAUGCCUAAUACCUUUUUAGUGUGACAUUUUCAGUGCACACAGCCCUUUAAAAACCAUUAAAUGCAAAGAUAAAACACUGGGGAAAAAACAGUAGCAAGUGAUUUAAUAAUCAGAUACAUUUUAAAAUAUUUUGUAAAUGCAAAUGAUUUAUAAAUGUUAGCAUUUUCAGUAUUAUUCAGGAUUCUGCACUAGUGCAAACACUGUACUCCUUAAUUAAAGGGAUGAUUGUGUAGGAAAAUUUGAAAACCCCUGGUCAAAUCACACGCUCUGUUGGUUUUUGAAGGGAAAACAAGUUGACCAGUUGACUAAAGGGAACAAAUAAAUAUGGCGUUUUUCUGCUAAUUUCAGUGCACAAUUCGUUUAUUUGCUGAGUUUAACAUAUUGGGGAAAAAAAUAAAACAUACAAUAGAAAAUAUGCCACAGGUUUUCACAUGCCAUAUUUUAUGAUUUUUUUAAAUAUGUAAAACUCAGAAAAUAGAGAGUAAUCUUGCAUUAAAGCAUGCAGACGAGUGUUCUCCAUAGAGGAUGUGUUAACUUAUUUUAACUAAAAAAAAAUUUAACACAACACAACAACCAGGGAUGCCAAAUCUUUAGCACACAACUAUACAUUCAUAGAAGUCUUACACUAUUUUUCUAUCUAGUCUUAUUACGUUGUGCCAGGACCUACUGAUACUUAAACAAUCAUUCUAAACUGUUUUGUUGAGUUGCCGUGCUGCAGUAGACGUACUGAUCUACUAGUAUAUCUAACAGUGGUCUGCACUAAAGUUAGACAGUUUGCAAAAAAUGAUUUAUUGAUUUCCAAUGACAUAUUCAUGCCUAUGCCUGGUUGUAUUUAGCUUGUAUAAUAGUUUGUAGUACUCAUAAUUAUCUUGAUAAUUGAAAAUAUGACAAGGCUUGCUUUUGUGUCUUCCUUGCUGCCACUUUGGUUGUACUAUGCUGCUCUAUUUGCUUCCCUACAAGAUCUAAGUCGUAUAAUCUUCUCUACAUACAGCGAGCACAUUGCUAACAUACUUUCUCUGAGCCUCUCCAUUGCCCAGAUCGGCUUACAGAAGGCCUAAAAACAUAGAGCCCAAUAAUGAACUGUCAGAUAGCUUUCAGUGUGCUCUACAUGUUUUCUUGCUGUUCCUCUCAAAUGUUAAAUCCACAGAUACUUAUUUUGAAUCUUAUUUUAAAAAGACAAAAUUCUAAAGCUUAUACAACUCUACUAAGAUUUGUCUUCAGAAAUGAAAAAUGGAGUUGCAUAAUAUAUAAUUAAUGUGUAAAAGGCAAAAGGAAGGCAUUAAUAGACAGAUUUGAUUAAGUCUAUGUACAUAAUAUUGAACCAUUGGUGCAAGGUAUUACAUGCCUACAGACUGUUGUCCAUGAUAAAGGGUAUCCUCAUUAAAGGCCACUUUUUUUCUUUUAAACGUUUUAGGUAGUAUUUUGGUAACACUACUGCGUGUAUUAUUUAGGAUGAUCAUUGUAAAAAUGAAGUUAUAUUGCAUUACAGUAUUUCCAGCUAAUUCAGUCUUAGGUGUGCUGAUGAACUGCUUCAGGUUGUAUUUAUAAUAAAGUAUUAGAGAACCAAC